CUCCAACUCACGGACAUCGAGAGAAAUGACAGCUUAAAGAGAUUGAAAUAAUGAAACAUUCGUAAUUAUACAUGACUUUCUGCUAAUGUUAGGACAUUAAAAAUUGUCCCACAGUCCACAGAGAUUUUCUCGUUUUCUUUUUUCUUCGUCGUCCUCCUUUAUCUCUUCAAGGCUAGAUGGUCUUAUUCAGUUCAUCAACCCACAUUAGUUCUCUCCGUUUUCUUCAUUUAUGAGUGAUUUUGAGUAUUUAUUACUUGAGUUUACAAUUGGGGUUAAAAGUGUUUGUUGGUCUGGUUGUAGAUAAUAUUGCAGUGACAUUAAUGGCAGCCACAUUCUGUAAUCUUAGUCCAGGGUCUGGUUUGAAGAAACUGGACGAGAACUUUCCAAGGCAAAGAUUCUUCAAGAGGUCUUAUCCGGGCUCAAAGAGUUCAUCAUGCGACUAUGCUCAAAACUUUCACCAUAGGACAUAUAGCAGAUACUUGAAAACACAGCUAUGGAACCACUAUCCACGGGCUUUUGUUGAUGAUCAGGAAGAUCAAUCCUACACCAUUCAUGAAGCAGAUAAAGAAGAAGACAUUCCUAAGGCAACCUUGAUAUGGAGAGCAAUAAAGUUACCGAUAUACUCCGUUGCAUUAGUUCCUCUCACAGUAGGUAGUGCAGCUGCUUUUUUCCAGACUGGCAUAUUUUCUUCUGGGCGUUAUUUUGUGGUCUUGGUUUCCUCAGUUUUUAUAAUUACAUGGUUAAACUUAAGCAAUGAUGUUUACGAUUUCGAUACAGGAGCUGAUAAGAACAAAAAAGAAUCCGUUGUCAACCUCAUCGGCAGCCGUACAGGAACCCUUGUAGCUGCUUGCUUAUUGCUUGCUCUGGGUUUCAUGUUGCUGACUUGGACAUCAAUUCAGGCAGGAAAUAAACGUGCAAUAUUGUUACUAGCAUGUGCAAUCACAUGUGGCUAUAUAUAUCAGUGUCCACCAUUUCGAUUGAGUUACCAAGGACUCGGAGAGCCUUUGUGCUUUUCUGCAUUCGGGCCAUUUGCUACUUCAGCCUUUUAUUUACUACAGAGCAGCACAAGCGGUAUUGGCCAACCCCUGACCGGCUCCAUUCUUUCGGCCUCACUCCUUGUCGGCUUCACAACAACUUUGAUCCUCUUUUGUAGUCACUUUCAUCAGACUGAGGGAGACUUGGCUGUUGGGAAACUCUCCCCUCUGGUUAGAAUUGGAACCGAAAGAGGUGCACAAGUAGUCAAGCUGGCAAUCACCGCGCUUUAUCUUCUUACAUUUGGUUUUGGUCUAAGCAGCAAACUUCCUUUUACUUGUAUUCUUCUUUGUGCCUUUACCUUACCCAUGGCAAGACUAGUAGUUAGCUAUGUUGAAGAGAACCACAAGGACAAACAGAAGAUUUUCAUGGCAAAGUAUUACUGUGUGAGACUGCAUACAGUAUUUGGGGCUGCAUUGGCUGCUGGUCUUGUGUUGGCUAGACUGCUCCGGAGAAGACAAAUCCCAGCAGCAAUAAUUCUUUCUUAAAAGUUUUGGAGGUGAAAAAAUAAUUAUUAUUUCCCACCCAUUUGUAAACAAUAAAAUAUGAACUUGUAAAGGUGGGAUCACAUAGAAUUAGCAAUUCUUUGCCUUUAACCUAUGCAAUAAAGGUGCAUAGUUGAUUUUAGUACAAAACAAAGCUUUUAUUUUAAUGAAAUUACUGGAAUGUUUUACUGGCUUUA